UGCUUUUCACUUCACGAUAGUCAGCGGUGCAGCCAGUUUCUGUGUCACAUUCGUCAGCCAUGUUUUUCUUUGGAAUGUGUUGAAAUGGUGGUAGUGAUAAAAUUUAAUUAAUACCGUGAACUUAUUUGAAAUACUGGAAACUGUGAGUGUAGUUUCAAUGUGUUAUUUGUUUGAGUGAGUUGACAUCACUGCUGUGAAAAUGAAUUGGGGCACGGAGCUUUGGGAUCAAUAUGAUAACUUGUCCGCCCACACACAGAAAGGAAUUGAAUUUCUAGACAAAUACGGAAACUUCGUAAAGGAGCGAUGCGCGAUCGAAUUAGAAUACGCAGGAAAACUUAGGAGGCUUGUCAAAAAUUAUCAACCAAAAAGGAAAGAAGAAGACGAAUACCAGUACACAUCAUGUAAAGCGUUUAGACAAUUGUUACAAGAGUUGGGCGACUUCGCGGGUCAGCGCGAGGUAGUCGCCGAGAACCUACAGUCCAAUGUUGUCCGGGAACUGCAUUUGCUGGCCAAGGAACUCAGAGAAGAACGGAAGCAACAUUUAAACGAAGGAGCAAAACAGAUGGCCGUCCUGAACUCUGCCAUAGGUUCUUUAGACCGAGCGAGGAGAGCGUACGAGCGCGCAGCGAGAGAAUCCGAACGGGCGCUCGAAGCGUUCCAAAGGGCAGAUGCAGAUCUCAAUUUGAGUCGGGCUGAAGUCGAGAAACAAAAAGCAAACAUGAAACUCAGAAGUCAAGCGUGCGAAGAUGCCAAGCACGAGUAUUCCGACCAGCUCCGCAAGACUAAUGAGGCCCAGCGGCAACACUACGAGCAGCGGCUACCUCAUGUCUUCAAACAGCUACAGGAUCUGGACGAGAAACGAAUCAAACACAUAAAGAAUUUCAUGUUGAGUUCUGUCGAGGUCGAAAGAAAAGUGUUUCCUAUCAUAAAGCAGUGCUUAGAUGGAAUGGAACACGCCGCCAAUAGUAUUAAUGAAAAAGAGGACACACAACUAGUAAUAGACAGAUACAAGUCGGGCUUCGUGCCGCCCGAGGACUUCCCGUUCGAGGAGCAGCGCGCGGGCGCGGACACGACGGACGCGGCGGCGCCGCACCACCACGCGCAGCUCACCGUGCGGGGCACCGUCUCCGGCAACCGGAUAAAGAAGCGGGGCGGCCUGCUCUCCAUAUUCAGCUCCAACAAGAAGAUUGUCGAGGCGUGCAAUUCGUUCAAGAACAAUAUGUCUACGGAUGGGAAGGAGGACUACUCAGAUUUGCCGCCCAAUCAGAAGAAAAAGAAACUGCAAGCCAAGGUUCACGAACUCAACAAACAGGUGGCCCAGGAACAAGCCGCCAUGGAGGGACUCAUGAAAAUGAAAGGAGUUUACGAAACGAAUCCCACGCUAGGAGAUCCAAUGACCGUGGAAGGGCAACUGAACGAGUGCUGCGACAAGCUGAAGAAGCUGCGCGCGCAGCUGCGCAAGUUCGAGGAGCUGCUGGCGGAGGCCAACAGCCAGGUGUGCGCCGCGCCGCUCAACCCCGCCGCGCGGACCAACGGCGCCGCGCCCGCGCCCCAGCAUCCCACCAGUAUCGGUUCAAACAGCGGUUCCCUGUCGCGGUCCGCGUCCGAGUCGUCGGUGUCGACGGGCACGGGCGCCGGCGCGGGCGGCGGGUCGGUGUGCGGCGCGGGCGGGCGCGCGGCCGGCGGCUCGCCCGAGUCGGGCCUCGGCGGCGAGCUGGCCGCCGCGCACGCCGAGGCCAACGGCGACCACGACCAAGAUCACGAGUCCGACUUCGACUACUACUACGAACCGGACCUACAGCCGCUGGGGUACUGCAAGGCACUCUAUCCGUUUGAAGCAAAUGGCACGGGGUCGACGAUGCGCAUGGAGUGCGGCGAGCGGCUGCUGGUGCUGGAGACGGACGCGGGCGACGGCUGGACGCGCGUGCGGCGCCAGCUCACGCGCGAGGAGGGCUUCGUGCCCACCACAUACAUCGCCACCACGCUCUACGCGGACGCGGCGCACUAGCCUAGCCCGCCGUGGACACAUAAUGAGGCGACACGGAAGG